AGUUGUCUCACUUCCUCACCCCACUAACCAGCACCCCCCACGCCCCCGCCUCCGCAAUGUAAAAUAUGACUGAUGAAAACUCUAGCAAGACACUUAUUUUUUGUUCAGUCAGUCUGGGGAGAUGCAGUGUGGCAGAAGGGGAAAGUCCCACAAUGCAUCCCGUCAUGGGUCUUGAUGCUCGGAUGAGUUCUGAGAUGCACGGAAAUUGUGAUGAGGAGAGAUAUAGGAAAUGUGUUGAUUGUCUGGUAGCUUAGAUCAGUGGAAUUGCUAGAUAAGUAAAGAUAACGUUUGGGAGAUUGUUUUGACUGUCUGGUAGCGGAAAUGAAAUACUGUAGACGGGGUCAAAAGUGUUUAAAUAUAAGGUACUGAAAAUGAAAAAUGAUGCCGAGUAGCUGAGACGAUAUGCGGCGAUAACAUGUAAAAAUAACUUAGUAUAAGGUAAUGUAGCGUAAUGUAAUGUAGAGUAACGUAAUGUCGCGUAAUGCAACCUACCACGGCAUAAUGUAACAUACCAUCAAAAUCACAAAACCUCACUUGAAUAAUGCAAUGUGGCGUAACAUACCAUCAAAAAACAUCAAAUAAUGCACUACUACAUACUAUACCACAACGUCACAUUUAAUAGCAUUAUGAAGUGCAACCUGCUCCAGCAUAACAUAGUGUAGUGUGUUUAUAGCCUAAUGUAACUUAAUGUAGCGUAAUGUAAUAUAACGUAAUAUAAUAUAGCAUGACGUAAUGUAGCGUAAGGUAAUGUAGCGCAACCUAAUGUAGCAUAUUGAAAGGUACCAUUAUGUAAUGUAAAAUCACACCCAUUACCUUCACAAAAUAUCACUUACUGUAUGUAACGGAAUACAGGGGAACCUCGAUAAAACAGACCCUAUAUAACAGAUAUCGGAUAAAACGGACCAUUGAGACUGAACAAUGUGUUUCCAUUUGUCACUUGAACACCCGUUGACAAAAUCUGUUAGUUCCAGAAUUGGCCUCUGUUGUUUACUGGCACUGUGGCGCAAUGCAGCCAGAGAAUGGGACUGACGUAUUCCCGCGUCACAGAUAUACUGUACAAUAUGACAAGAUGCAAUUCCAAAAGACAUGCCUACGUGGCGGCCAUGUUGAAUGCGGGGCAUUGACGUAGCGUCCAUGUCAUGAUGGUUCUAUCUAUUGUUUAUUGUUCAUAGAGAGCGCUGUGGAGAGAGAGUGUCAUGGCUGCAGCAAAACACAAGUCUCUGGAGUCUGGAACAUGCUAUUUUUGGUACAGUAACAGUUUUUUUUGUUUUUUUUGUCAAGCCCUUCGCCUUUGGCAACGGAUUUGAAACCAGGAAGCACACUAAUUCAUAACAUCACAUUACAUGGCGUAAUGAAGCAUAACCUACUAAACUGUAACACACAGUAGCGUAACACAUUGUAGCAUAAUGCAUAGUACUGUAACGCAUAGUAGCAUAACGCAUAAUAGCGUAAGCCAAUGUAGCGUAACAGUAUCCAGCGUAACACAAUAUAGUUUAACAGAAUGUAGCGUAACAAAACAGCGCUACAACAUGUAGCGUAACAAAUUGUAGCACUAAGUAAUGUAGCGUAACAGAAUGCAGAGCAUAGCGUGACAGAAUGUAGCUUAACAAAAUGUAGUGUAUCGAAAUGUAGCGUUACAUAAUGUAGUGUAACAGAAUGUAACAUAGCACAAAACAUCAGUUACAUAAUGCAAUGUAGCGUAACGUCACACAACACAAUACAGCACACCAAAGCACAACAUGACAAAACUAAACAAAAUACUGUCUAAUACAACAAAACGUGUUAAACUGUGAAGCCAAGAAUUCAAAUACAUUCUAUCAGAUAGCACAAAAAGAGAUGAAAGUCGUGCGAGUAUUGUCGUGGUUCCAUUGUGCGGCACGUCACCACACUGAACUUCCUCCAAUUCAAAUGUGACUUGACUCACAUCCUAACAAAAAAAAAAAAAAGAAAAGAGGAUUGCGCUUUUCACGUUGUCACGUUCACCGUGCCAACACGCCGAUCCUUCGGAGGACGGUAAGAAAGGACCGUGAAGCUAAAGACAAUGCUCAUGAUGGAGGAUCAAUGACUUUUACUUUUGGGCAGCCGUGGUAUUUGUGUGACAGACACACACAAAGUACUCACUGAUGACACAUGGCGGCGAUUCCUCCAAAAUGGUCCCUGGUCUAUGUCGUGGCGCUGAUGCUACUGGUGCAACUCUGCACAGGUAAGACCCCUGCUUGCGUGAGCUGGUCCAGCGCGGGGCCAGUGGUGCGGCUUGGCUCCAGCUUGGAGGUGUACUGCACCUUUAACUGUGAGUGCGAGCACUCCAUGUACACCGAGCACCCGCCUGCCUUGCAGCGCCACACGGUGGUCAACUCAAGCACCACGUACGUCCGCGUGGAUAACAUCACCAAGCACCGGACCUUCAGCUGCCUGUGCCUAUGCCGUGCCCUGACCCCGGACCCGUGUGGACUCGACAUCUGGGCUGGAUACCCGCCAGAGAGGCCGCGGAACAUUCGGUGCAGCUACAAGGUUGUGACCAACCAGACUGGUGAGGUGUUUUGUUCCUGGGAAAGAGGCCUCAAAACACACCUGAAGGACACUGCAGAGCUCUGGUGUGUCUCUUGUCAUCUUGUGUGUGCGAUUACCAGGGUAUCAGGAGAUCUCCCACAGCCGUGGCCUCCAUUCAAGAUCCCUAUCAGAGGAGCUGAUCCCCAAUCAGCCAGAUUUUCCGUGUCCACCAAAGUUCACUUCAUCUCGGUGCGGGUCCGCACCCACAAUGCACUGGGGUCGGCCAUGUCGCCACCUGCCAACUAUACUCUCAGUAACAUCGCGAUCCCCUCCGCUCCGGUCCUCGAGAGGCCCCAGUGCACCUCCAGGGGGUGCGCCAUCCGGGUUCGACAGCCUCUGAGGACGCAACACCUGGCGGUCCAGUACGCUACGGAACCAGGACUCUGGACCACCUAUCCACACUCGGACGUGCCAGUGGCUUUGGAUCAAUUGCUGUCCGUCUGGUCUCUGGAGCCUUACCGGUUGUACCAUUUCAGAGCCAGGGCCAAAUUCAGCACAGGUCUGUGGAGCGACUGGAGCGACGUCACCCACAGUUGGACGCAGGAGGAAGCACCGGCCAGACAGCUGGAUGUGUGGUACACCCAACCUCCCUCCGACGUCAAGUCCAUCAGGCUCUACUGGAAGCCGAUGAACGUCACCCAUGCCAGGGGUAAGAUUGUGGUGUACUUGGUGGCGGUACACAGCUCUGAAUCUGGACUGGUAUACGCGGCCAACCUCAGCGCAGAAGCCACCAGCGCUUCCGUUGCGUUUUGUGCCAGGUGUCACGUGACAGUGAGCGCCCUCAACUCCAAAGGGAUGUCCCCGCCGGCCAACAUUACCGCCUAUCACACCAAAGCGUUGGCCCAGUUGGAUGUACAGGUGAAGGCAGACGAACACGGCGUCGCCCUCUGGUGGAGACAAGCAGAAAGGGCUACGGCCCCCACGGCCCACGUAGUCGAGUGGUACCCCGACGGUCUCAAGCUGCAGGAGCUGCACUGGCUCAGACUGAACGGAGAAGCUCGUCAAGCUGUCAUCAAAGGCUUGAACGCAUCCGAGUGCUACGAAGUCGCCGUUUACGUUCUCCACAGCGAAGGCUUGAUGACCACCAGAAGCUUUAGACUCCUCAACAUCAGCCAAUCAGUCCCCAAAGUUGGUCCGUCGGUUCAACACGAAGUGGACUUCAACAGAGUGGCCGUGACAUGGAGGGAGCUUCCCAGGGCUCAGCGUGGUGGGUGCAUCACUGAGUACACCAUCUACCUGGAAGACGCCACUGGAAGUGUGCAGCAAUACUCCGUUCAAGCGGCCAAGCGGAAGUUUUUCUUGGAGGACCUCCCUCCUGGUGCACACAGCCUGUGGGUGACUGCUUGGACUGCUCAGGGAGAAAGUCCAGUCGCUCAAAAAGUCAAGAUCUUGAUCCGAGCCGCAGAUGGGAUCCCGGUGUUGCCCCUGGUCUUGUGCUUGCUGCUCUCGGCAGCGGCGCUGCUGCUGCUGUGCGUGUGCCAAAUUGCAGCCGUGAAGAGGAGGGUGUGGCUGCUUUUCCAGCGCUUCAUGCUUCAAGUGGUGCCGGAUCCCGCAAACAGCAAAUGGGCAAAAGAAUGCACCCAGGGGAAGGGUGAAAUUAAGCUGCAACCCCAGGCCAGUGAGGUCGUUCCGACCGAGGAGGUGGAGCCUAUCAUCAGUAUUAUUACGGACAUGGAGGAGGUGUCCAAUCACAACACGGUGGAGGCGGUCUCCUCACCGGCUGGUCCUUCGACACCUCGGUGGCCCCUCACCACGUACAUCAAGGGCGACUCAAACGGCUCGGAGCAGACCCAGGCUUCGCUGGACUCCAGUGCCACAAAUGUGGACUACCUCUCAACCGGAUGCCAGGAGCGACGUCUGGCCAUGGAGGAGGAAGACCUGGAUGAAGAGGGCGAGGAGGAAGAGUUUGCACAGAUUCUAACGCCACUGCCCAAUUGCAGCAUGUUCACCGAGCCAGUGGGACCGCAGAUAAUCGGGAAUUUGACCCUGGAUGCGGUCCGGAUCGACUGCAGCGGCAUCUUUGAGAACAGCUGAUCACACUACAACGGGUUAAACCGAUUAGUCGACUAGUCAACUUUACUACUCUACAUUGCCAUUUAAAUCUUUAAGUAAACUAACCGCCAGUCACGUGUUUUUGGCAUCUCGUCUUUGAAUCGGUGAGGUUACAGAGGACUUUCGAUUCUCCCAUCUGUUGGUCGCCGGACUGUAACGCUCUGUGGAGGAGUGGGAUGUCCUGCCAACAAGGUGACAGACAGUCUUCAUACAUCUGCGCGAGUCUAAGAGUACAAAAGCCAGUUGUGCAAGAGAAUAGCGGUUGGCCUCACUAGCUUUGGCUAUUCCGAUUGCCACUCGUCUUAAAAGAUUCGUACCAGCGGUAUCUCAGGACUGGUGAUGAAGAACGAGGGCAGUGGCGGCAAGUGAAACUCCAUCUUUGUCGCCAAAAUGUUAUGUCCAAUGACGUGCGGACAAGAACGGGGUGCUAACGAGAACUUUACUCAGCAUAGAAGUUGUACGAUACAAUAACGGGGUGCUAACGAGAACUUUACUCAGCGUAGAAGUUGUACGAUACAGUGUUGUGGAUUAACGGAUUACAUGUAACGACAUUAUGUAGUUUGAUUUCAAAAGUGUUGUGGAUUAACGGAUUACAUUGAAGGGAAUAUAGAAUACUUUAUAUUCUAAUAUGUAAUUCUAACUAGUUUGGAAGAGAAUGUGUAUUGGAGUAUAGGAGUAUACUGCAGGAAGGCCCCCAGCGGGGGGUAUGUGGCCCCCAUCAGGGGGUAUUUGGAGACAGAUGGCAAAGAAGAAAGGAACUGCGGGGAGCCACUAUAAACAUUGAAUGCAGGAGACAUCGGCAGGCGACGUCUCGACCCAGAUCAAAUUGUCAUCAUUUGGCCGAACAACGAUGACGUCAGAUUACGGACCAAUCAGACGACAGCGAUUCCACACCGGCCUGUUUGAAACAUUGUAUAAGUCUGGGGGAGAGUCAGAUAGUUUUGUUCUACUACUGUAUCUGCUAAGGAUAAGAUGGGGUAGUUACGAACCCAGAGCUCUGCAAAAUGUAUAGACUCCUCUGUCAGGAAUAAAUUGGUUGUUUUUUAUA